AUGGCCUACAUCACCAAGCUAGAUGUUGGCACCAGCAUGACCUCAGUAGAUUGCCAGAAACAAGUUCGUUCAUGGAGGCUUCUACGUUCACUCAUUCAACUACUAAUCCCCACUUGCAACUGCAUCUUAGUAGAACAAGAACAAGAACAAGAACAAGAACCAGAUUACAACAACAAUUCAAGAAACUGGCACAAAAAAUAUCCAUCAUCACAUUCACUCAUUCCCUCUACAACAAUCACCGGCACGAUAUUCGGAUACCGUAAAGGAAAAGUAAGCUUUUGUAUCCAAUCCAACUCCAGCUCCACAAACCCAAUUCUCCUUCUACAACUAGCCAUCCCAACGAGUGUUUUAGCUAAGGAAAUGAGAGGUGGAACUUUAAGAAUCGUUCUUGAAAGUGUCGCUUCAGGCUCCUGCAGUAACAGUGAUGACCUAUUUUCAACUCCUCUUUGGAUCAUGUACUGUAACGGAAGAAAAGUUGGGUAUGCUGUUAAGCGUAAGGCUUCGAGAAGUGAUUUUGAAGCAUUGAGUUUGAUGCGGUGUGUUUCUGUGGGCACUGGUGUUAUAAACCGAAAGGAGAGUUGUAAACAAGAUGAUCAGCUUAUGUUUCUUAGAGCUAAUUUCCAAAGGGUUUCUGGCUCAUCUAAAACUAAUUGUGAAUCUUUUCAUUUGAUUGAUCCUGAAGGAAGCAUUGGACAAGAGCUUAGUAUUUUCUUUUUUCGAUCAAGGUGA